CCACUCAUGGACCAGUCCGGAUUCGGAGUGCAACCACCGCGCCUUCCGCUUCCGCUGACAGCGCCGGAAGUUGGGCCGGGCUGCCAGCACCGUGUUAGAGCCAGCGGGUCCUGGGCCUGAAGGUGCUGGCAGAGGGCGGGGCGGCCGGCUGGCCUAGGCGAGGGGCGCCGUUGCUGCUGCGGCCAGCCGCCCAGGCCCUGGCCUUCUCCGGAAGCCCCCCAAGUUCGUCCUGAACCAAUCCGCCUUGGACUUGUUCUCUUUGCAGCCGUCGGCCCCCGCCCGCGAGCUGGCGUCCCACAGACCGGGAGGACUCGGCCCCACCCUCCAAGAGCUGCCGCAGUCGGAGGAGUCGGUCGAAUCCUGACGUCCCGUCCUAGUGCGACCCGACUGGGUCGGAGGUAACCAGCUGCCGGAAACCAUUCCAGUGCAUUUGGUAUACACUCAGCCUGCUCUAUCCACUGGUUCAAUAUCCAUGGAUUCAACCAAGGUUGGACUGAAAAUAGGCAGAGGGCUGGUGGAGUAGCUCAAGAGGCAGAGGCCACCAUGGAGCAGUGUGCGUGCGUGGAGAGAGAGCUGGACAAGGUGCUGCAGAAGUUCCUGACCUAUGGGCAGCACUGCGAGCAGAGCCUUGAGGAGCUGCUGCACUAUGUGGGCCAGCUGCGGGCUGAGCUGGCCAGUGCAGCUCUCCAGGGGACCCCUCUCUCAGCCACUCUUUCCCUGGUGAUGUCCCAGUGCUGCCGGAAGAUCAAAGACACUGUCCAGAAACUGGCUUCAGACCACAAGGACAUUCAUAGCAGUGUGUCUCGAGUAGGGAAAGCUAUUGACAGGAACUUUGACUCUGAGAUUUGCGGUGUAGUCUCGGAUGCAGUGUGGGACUCUCGGGAGAAGCAGCAGCAGAUUUUGCAGAUGGCUAUUGUAGAGCACCUCUACCAGCAGGGCAUGCUCAGCGUUGCCGAAGAGCUGUGUCAGGAAUCAACACUGAAUGUGGACUUGGAUUUCAAGCAGCCCUUCUUGGAGUUGAAUCGGAUCUUGGAAGCGCUGCAUGAACAAGACUUGGGGCCUGCACUGGAAUGGGCUGUCUCCCACCGGCAGCGCCUGCUAGAGCUCAAUAGCUCCCUUGAGUUCAAGCUGCACCGCCUGCACUUCAUCCGCCUCCUGGCAGGUGGCCCUGAAAAGCAGCUGGAGGCCCUCAGCUAUGCCCGGCACUUCCAGCCCUUUGCUCGUCUGCAUCAGCGGGAGAUCCAGGUGAUGAUGGGCAGCCUGGUAUACCUGCGGCUGGGCUUGGAGAAGUCACCCUACUGCCACCUCCUGGACAACAGCCACUGGGCGGAGAUCUGUGAGACCUUUACUCGUGAUGCUUGUUCUCUGCUGGGACUUUCAGUGGAGUCCCCUCUCAGUGUCAGCUUUGCUUCUGGUUGUGUGGCACUGCCCGUGCUGAUGAACAUCAAAGCUGUGAUUGAGCAGAGGCAGUGCACUGGGGUCUGGAGUCACAAGGACGAGCUGCCGAUUGAAAUUGAACUAGGCAUGAAGUGCUGGUACCACUCAGUGUUCGCUUGCCCCAUCCUCCGCCAGCAGACUUCAGAUUCCAACCCUCCCAUCAAGCUCAUCUGCGGCCACGUCAUUUCUCGAGAUGCACUCAACAAGCUGAUUAAUGGGGGGAAGCUGAAGUGUCCCUACUGCCCCAUGGAGCAGAACCCAGCUGAUGGGAAACGCAUCAUAUUCUGAUUCCUGCUUGGAAGGCACUUCGCUGGAAAGAGUUUUUCAUCCACAGUAUUUGUCUGUCUCUGGGGCAAGUGGGUGGCUGGCUUCUUUGGUGAUCAAUUUCAGAGCUCCUGGCUGAGGAACACUGCCACAGAGCAGAGCCUGACCAGAUUAUCAGCAGAGGCCCAGAAAGGAGGUGAACCAAUGCACACUUGGCAACUGGUUCUUCUGCUAUAAGGAAAGGGAGCUCCUGGCUUCUAGACUUCUACUCUGUCUUCUCUGCCUUGACUUAGCAGCAGCUGACAGAGUAGCAAAGGCCUUGGCCAUCAGCAGCAGACAUCUUUCCACCCCUGCCCCCAGCUGCGUCUCUUGCUGCUAAUGCCAAGGCUGGUGCCCAUCCUACCCUCAGCCCAGGGUGUUAGCGGUGGCUUUCCUCUUUCUGUUGUAUAGCUUCAACUGUAUGUGUCCUAUCCCACUGUAAAUAGUUUAAGUUAGAACUGAAUGUUGUUGUUUUAUAACUUUGAGCAAAUAUAUUCACAGCUCUUCUCCUUACUUUUGGCCAGCCUUGCUUCACUGGCAAACUACUGCAUGACGGCUGCACAGGAACUGUCUAGCAAAACCAUGGCCAGCCAUUAU